ACCACUAACAUACAUAUAUUCAUAUUUGUUCUCUCAAAUACCAAUGGCUCGAUUUGUACACGUGCAUGUAAUGCUCUCAAUCUUCUUUCUAAUUCUCUCCAUUUUUCAAUCUGCCUCCGCAUCUUUGAAGGUGGAUUUCUACAAAACCACAUGUCCUUCUGCGGAGGCAAUAGUGAGAAGCGCUGUGGACAAAGCCGUUUCUCUGAACCCAGGCAUCGCUGCUGGUUUGAUCAGAAUGCAUUUUCAUGAUUGUUUUGUGAGGGGAUGCGAUGGUUCUGUGCUGUUGGAAUCCACGCCGGGGAAGGCAUCAGAGAGAGACCACCCUGCCAACAACCCAAGUCUACGAGGCUUCCAUGUCAUCGACGAAGCCAAGGCCCAAUUAGAGGCAGAGUGUCCACACACCGUCUCCUGUGCAGACAUUCUGGCUUUUGCUGCUCGAGACAGCGCCAACAAAGUUGGAGGCAUAAACUAUGCAGUGCCAGCUGGACGCAGAGAUGGUCGUAUCUCUAUCAGAGACGAAGCGUCACAACUGCCCCUUCCAACCCUCAACGCAGACCAACUCAUUGCUAACUUCCGACAAAAAGGGUUGUCUGCAGAUGAAAUGGUGACACUGUCUGGAGCCCAUUCUAUUGGUGUCUCACACUGUUCCUCCUUCUCCCACCGCUUGCACUCUUUCAAUGCCACCUUUCCUCAAGAUCCCUCCAUGGAUUCCAGAUAUGCUACGUCCUUGAAACCCAAAUGUCCACCAGGGAGCGAUAACACAGUGCCUCUGGACGCAUCCACUCCUAACCGUUUGGACAACAGAUACUACACAGAGCUCAAGAACCACCGUGGUUUGCUCACCUCGGAUCAGACUUUGCUCGGCAGCCCCUCAACCAGGCCGAUGGUACUCACCAAUGCUAAACAUUCCUCUGUCUGGGCUCGCAAGUUUGCUAAGGCAAUGGUCCAUAUGGGUUCCAUUGAUGUCCUCACCGGCUCACAGGGCGAGAUCAGGACCCGUUGUACCCUCGUUAAUUGACUCUGCACAUCCUUACGUCCUUCAUUCUCCUAAUUUCAACUCAAUGGUUCAUACCUCCCUCCGAAUAUCUGUUUCUCCUUUCUUUCCGUUCUUUUCUUUCAUCUCAUUGCCAUUGCUUCAUUCUUUCAAUUCUUUUUCCAUGUCUUAACUAACUCACCUUUUGUUUGUAAUCUUCCCCCAAUUCAAUUCAAUU